AUGAUUAAAAACAAGAGCAGAACACGUAACUUACCUUCGAUCCUCUGGCUGACGGUUGUCACAACUGGUAUGUUCGGUUUAAUUUACUCUAUAAAUUAUUUAUGGUGAUAUGUUCGGAGUCAUUCGGAUGUUUCCAAGAGAUCAUAGGGAAUUUAUAUUUCAGUGAAACAAUGAAGUUAUCGUCGAAAAUUAACGAAACAAAGCUGAUUUAAAGCGAAGCCUUGACAUGUUCAGGAUUCAAAUUCUUUAUCUUCAUGGAAUCCUGCUGAUGCAGUGCAAGGUGAUCUAUUAAGCAAGGCUGAUAGGUUAAUCCUUCACACUCUAACAUAAGUAUUCAUAUUCUCUACACUGUUCUCUUUACAUUUCCUUUGUUACUGACUAGGAGAACUCAUCUGACAAUCAGAUGCUUCUUAAAUGGUUGAUCAUUACCUCUCUUCUCAAGGGCAAUACUGUAAUGAGAAAAUAGAAGCCAGAAUUUAGAGGGUUAAGGAUGCAACCCUCAAUUUCCAUAUUCUAAUCAUUUUCAGGAUGUAGGAAAACUUUGAAAAAAUUUGACAUAGUGGUCAGUCUAACUAUCUGCGGUUGGUUCUCGAACACCAUUACACUGUACAUUUUCAAUAUGACAUCAUAUCUCCUUUGUAGAAUUAAACUGUUUAAAGUGUUGUGUUGAAUUUCACUCUGCAGGUUGGCAUAUUGCCUGUGGUCAGCAAUGUGCCUCCAAUCCUUGUUACUUUAAUGGAACUUGUACUGACAUUGGCAUUAAUAACUACACUUGUAGCUGUCCACCUGGUUUUACAGGUAGAAUUAUAUUUCAUUACUGCUAGGGGCAACCUUUGAGAAUUCAAAUCACCAGCCAUUAAGCCCCAGUUCCUCCAAUGAAAGUUAAAGCUGAGAAUUGGAAUAAAAGGGUAUUGAGAGCCAUGGCUUUAAAAGUUUUAUCUUGUUUUGGUAACUUCUAUAUUGUAUCACAUGCUCACAGUUAGGUUGCCUUCCUUGUUAAUACUGUCAAUGUAUACUAUUAUUUUUAGGGGAAAGAUGUGAAGCUGUGAUCAACAUGUGUCAUUUUAACCUGUGCCAGAACAAUGCUGUGUGUCAGAGAUUUCAGACUGGAGGUUAUCAGUGUAUUUGUCACACUGGAUUUACUGGUAAUUGAAGAUUAAACCAAAUACCAUGUAUAUGCAAAAAUGUCAAAAAAUUUCAUCACCAUAAAUAUUAAUAAUCAUUGUUGUAAUUUUUUCCCAAUAAUAUUCUGUUUGACUUAAUUUACUCUUAGGAUUACAUUGUGAGACCAACAUGAAUGAAUGUAAUCAGACAAAUCUUGCAUGUCAUAAUGGUGGAACUUGUGUUGAUGGGGUGAAUGGCUACACAUGUCAGUGUCCAGCACGUUUCUCUGGACCUUUCUGUAAUGUAACUGUUACAAAGUGUGAUGGAAGUCCUUGUCAGAAUGAUGGAACUUGUACAGAAAAUGUUUUUGGGUAAGUUAUUUGAGUGGUACAGACAACAACUUGCACCACAGUUUAUUUAGAAACUUACCCACUUUAUUUAUUGAUCAUUUUAAUUCGUAGUAUUCUCCUUAAAUUAUCAUAAUAAAGGUAAACUUGCCCCUAUUAGGCUGAGGCAACUUCUGCCUGACUUUAGGUGCAUUUCCCAAAGCUGUCUGUUUAAGCUGACAUCUAAGUAACAAAGCAAAUCUGCUCCUGUAAAUACAACUGUUACAGUGCUGUUAUGGUGAAUUAACACUUUCUUUCAUGCAUUGAAUAUCUUUUAGUUACAACUGCACCUGUACCUCAGGCUUCAGUGGUCCUAAUUGUGAAGAGAAUAUUGAUGACUGUCUUCCAAACAGAUGUCUACCUUUUCAACAGUGUGUGGAUGGAGUGAACAGUUAUCAGUGCAUUUGUCCUGUCAGCAAAACUGGUCAAACUUGUAACGUUGAUAUUGAUUAUUGUUCUGGGCAAGCAUGUUUAAAUGGAGCGACUUGUAAGAGCUUUCAAGGUGAGAUUUUAAUUGUCAGUUAAGGAGAAAUUAUAGGUGUGGCCCUGAUAUCAUUAACACUUGAAUUAAAGGGAAGUUAACUCAAAAUAUUUAACAUACACAUGUAACUUGCACUUAAGCAAGUAUUAAGGAAAAAAUUAAUAAUAUUCAUAAACAAACAACGAGAGCAGUAAUUUGCUUUUUAAGUAACAAGUAGGUAAUAAUUCUUUCCAUCUCUUAUGGUGCAUAACAGUGGAGUUGUGAUCAUCAGUUACAAUAUUUACACAUUCAAUUCCACUCAUCCAUCCCCUACCUCUUCCCAGGUUUGAAUCUGCAAAAAAUACCUUCUGAUGUUGUGCAUGUUCAUUAAGCUUGAAAUAACUGACUCAAAUCUGAGCGGUGUCUCUUACAACAAUACUUUUAUUGUUACAACUAGGAGUCUGUUUGAAUAUUCAGUCCUUUUUUUUGCAUGUGACUAAGAAUCAGCAGGGUUAAUUUAGAUCAUUGACCCUUAUGAAAGUCUCAUAUGAUUAAUGGACACUGAUCAAGCUCCUAAAAUUCAAGGUGACUUCAACUGCACCUGUGCUCCAGGCUUUGAAGGGCGUCGCUGUGAAAAUAACACAGAUGAGUGUGCGUCUCAACCUUGUUUUAAUGGUGGCACGUGUACAGAUAAAAUGAAUGGUUUUGCUUGCAACUGCCCAGCUGGUUUCAUUGGGAGACAGUGUGAAGCAAACAUCAUUGAGUGUCUGUCCAAUCCAUGCAAAAAUGGUGGCACUUGUGUGGAGAGUGUUGGACUGGCAGGUUAUUACUGUACCUGUCCAGCAGGAUUUCAAGGUAUGUUGAAGUCCAAAUCAGAUAUUUUCACCUGGUAAACAGGUACAGACUAUUUUGUCUUGAGAAACCUGUUCAUGUUGUGAAUUAUUAAGUUCGUUUUUGCCCUGGCACAUGAAUUUGUUUCACUUUGUUAUUGUUUUUCUAUUUGUUUGUUGGUUUGUAAGUUAGUUGCUGGCCCAUUCUAUUUCCUUCAGGUGAUGUACAUAGCUUUUAACAGUAUCAAAUUUAGUUCCAAGCCAUCAUCAAAUUUAAAACGAAUUUAUUUCUGUGUUCUUUAGGACACCAUUGUGAAUUUAGUAGUUCUUCUUGUCAACCUAAUCCAUGUCAGAACAAUGGCACGUGUACACUUCAUGGUAACAAGUUGAAUUGCACGUGUCCAGCCGGUUGGACCGGUCCUUACUGCAGCCUUGAUGUGGACGAGUGCCUUACAUCACCCUGUGGAAAUCUGGGCACGUGCCAUAACGCACCUGGCGGGUAUAACUGCACUUGCUUAGCGGGCUUCACAGGCGCAAAUUGUGACAAACACGUGGACGAGUGUCUUGAUGAUCCAUGCCAGAAUCAAGGCACGUGCGAGGAUUAUGUGAAUGGCUACCGAUGCACGUGCACCGCAAGCUUUUCUGGGAAAAACUGCGAGAUUCCCUUGAACAACUGUUCUGCGCAGCCGUGUAAGAAUGGAGGAACUUGCAGACUUGGUGGAAGUGGCUUUUAUUGUGAUUGUCAGCCGGGUUAUACCGGUUUUACCUGUGAAGUGGAUAUCAACGAAUGCGCUUCUAAUCCGUGUAAUAAUGGCGGCACGUGUGUAAAUAAUGUCAAUCGCUAUGAAUGUCAGUGUGCUGAUGGUUAUCGAGGGAGAUCAUGUGAAGUUCUGUUUUCAGUGAGCUUCCAACAAGGCUCGUAUCUUCCUGCUUUAGGAUUUAAAUUGUUCUCAUCGGAUCUGAUGUCAUUUCGAUUCCGAACUACACUGCCAUCUGGACUUUUGUUCUAUCAAGGAGCGGUAAGUAGAGUUGAAAACAAACUGUUUAUCGCGCUCUUGGUUUGAGCGUAGUGAAAUAAGACAAAAUUAAUCACAAAUGCAAAAAGGAAAAUUUCAUAAUGGGUAGCUGAGAACUCGAGGAAACAAGAAAAUUGUCGAAAGCGCGGGAAAAGGCGAGUGGUGGUGUCGCUAUUAGUUAAAAAAUUGGACUGUCUAUGACCCGUUAUGAAGUGCGUGCUAGUUUAUUUUUUAACCAAUCAUAGGGCGUAUCAAAAUUAAAUCAUGGCACUUCAUUUCGAGUUACUUUUGACACUGAAAUCGGAAACCAACUCAACUAUUUUUUUAAUCCAGGUGGCAUCAAGAAUUGUAUGCUCUUCGUUGGAAAGAUUUAUGAUGAAAAAAUUUAUAUUUCUUCCAGGACCUCAUAAAAGAGCACACAGAUCACGUGAUUGUAGAGCUAACAAAUGGCUCUCUCCGCCUGUCACUCAAUACCGGCCUGGACACAGCAACGGCUAAGGUAGGCAGGGGACUCAACGAUGGGGCCUGGCACCAAAUAACUCUGCAGUUAACUGGUCCCCAGGCCACUAUAUCUAUCGACAAGGACACGUGCAGCGCAGACUGUUCAUCAGCGUCUGUUUCAACCACCUCCGAUAGUAGCUCGCAGUACGCUGGUCUUCCUUAUUUCGGAGGAGUGAGACAGCUGGUCCCGCAGAUAAGACAACAACUCACGACUGAUGGCUCAUUUGUGGGAUGCAUCAAGGUAUUUUUUAGGCACUAAUUCCGAGAUUGAGUAGCAGGGGGAAGAAAAAAGUUAAGGUUUCUUAGGCAGAAACCUUUGUUCUCUCAUUGCCUUUUAGUUGGCGUUCAUUGUUCUCUUCGUAUUCGCUCUAUAAUCAAUGUUGUCGGAGAUGUGAUUGCUUUGUGGCGCAAUCGGCUUUGUAUCGAGAAGGCCGCCCUCGAACCCAGACUUUGUUAUUUUGCCAUUUAGAUCUCGUAGGAUUUCUCUCUCUCCUCAGGAGUUAUACAAACCUUAAUGCCGGGGGUGGUUGGGGUGAAGGUAGCUUGCGUAAGGCUUGAAUCCCGCCCAGGAAGAAUAACAAUACUCCUUGUCGCUUCAAGCCAUGGAAACCCAAUAAAACCUCUAACCUGAAAUGCUAGGAAGAGGACUCAACCACCGACCAAGAUUCCAGGCACUCUUCCAGCCCCUUCCCUUGUCAGGCUGAGAAGCAAAAAUCUAAUCUUCCUGUUUGGAUCUUUUUAGGACUUUCUGUUUAAUAGAAACGAAGUGGGUCUACAGAACGUAUUGGCGCAAGCGCACCUAGUCUCCACCGGUUGUCAGCGAAGGGACGUCUGUAGCAAUCAUGGAUGCAAACAUGGUGGCGCAUGUGUAGAUGAGUGGGUGCAGUACCACUGUGAUUGUCUCCAAGGAUUCGUGGGAUUGUUUUGCGAGCAUCAAGUCACAGCUACUUUUGAUAGUGAUGACAACUCUGGUUUAAAAUUUGAUUCAGCUGCUCCAAUUAAUUCGUUUUCUUUGGAGUUUUCAAUUGAUCCAACUCUUCCAAGUGGAGUGCUCGCUUACACUGGGGUAAGUUGACUUUACCGAGGGAAUUGUGAGUAGAGCAGGGUAAAUUAACUAAUACACGUUCAGGAAUGAGCAAAAACUUUGCGAACUUCUCCUUACAAUAUCAAUACAUUUUCAAGUAGAGUGACAAGAGAAAAAAGAAAAAAGGAUCAAUAUUGGCUUUACGCCAAGUCCUGGGAGCUGAAGUUAUGAGAAAUGUUUGGAAGACAGGGCAGAGAAUAGGAAUCUAGAGCUUGAAAGUGGGAGGGUUAAGCUUUGAAACUAACGAGGAAUUAAUGGCUUUGUUUCCGGCGCUGUUUGCGAGUUUUGAAACAAAACUUGCGCAGUCUUCUCCAAAUUGAAAACCAAAACCUAUCACAACUUAAUCGCUUUCUCUACUUGUGCUUUGCGCGCAUUAGUUACAGUUUUCGUGAGUUCCCUUUUUGUGUGUGUGUGUCGUCAGCAUAUAUUGUGAUUGGUGUAGUUUUGAAGCAAUUUGUUUAAAUCGAGGAGUAUCAUUUGGACGUGUGGUCCUGAGAAGUCUUUUGUCGGUAGUAUUGAAUAACGUUUCUAAAAACCGAGCGGAAGUCAUUAUCAGAGUCGACUCCGCCCUCGACAUGCCUUUCUCGAUGAUUACAGCUCAGUUCACACAAAUGACAUAUGACAUAGAGGUAUUAACCCAACUAGUUUUACAGAAAAUCUCUCGAGAUCAGUGUAGUCAAAGUUAAAUUUGAUUUCGUUUUCAGUCAGGCCAAGGAGAUUUUGGUGUAGCCUUGAACAAUGGACGUUUGCGGGUGGCGUACGUGAGGACGUUAUUCGAAAGAAACUACCUCGAUAUCGGUCGAAAUCUCUCUGACGGCAAAUGGCAUAGAUUGCAUAUCAACGUCACUUCCGGUAGUGUUACGAUUGACGUGGACACAUAUCACGCUGUUCUUACUCCGCCCCGAAUUUCUCAGCCAAUCGCGGAUCUCGAGAACACUCUAUAUAUGGGAGGUCUUUUGAGCGGGUUUAACGAUUUGCUCAUUCAUCUAAAUAAUAAGCAGUCAACGUUUAGUGGUUGUUCAAGAAACGUGAUUAUGAAUGGAAAUUUGACGACGUUUGAGACCGCGCAGACGAAUGGUGGGUAUUCUAUGCCGAAGUCGAGCUGUAAGAAGGACGAUAAUUGUGCACCAGACUCCUGUAAAAACGGAGGUGCGUGCGAUGCCACCUGGACUGGGUUCGAGUGUCACUGUUUAGACGAUUUUGUCGGGAGUCGGUGUCAAAAUGGUGAGAACGCUUUUCUAUUUACAUAAUUAUUACUUCGUUUUGCCAUGCGCCAGUAAGAUAUUUUUGUACUGACGAUGUUACGGCAAGGGUGGGGUUACGGAUACGAAUUUCCGCGCACCUCUGAUGAAGUAGCUUUUCUCAACAGACGAGAAGGACCCACAAAUGGAGUGUCUUGUACCGGAAGAGAUUUCUUCAGAUUCGCGCAUCCUCACCACAACCGUUAUGGGGUCGGCAUUUUGAUGACUUGAAAAAUUCAUAUCUUAGAGGGGAGUGGUGGUCACGGGGACCCCAACCCCCAUUAUUACGCCCUUAAGUGUGUGCAGGAAAACGAGAAAUUAAUUUUUCAGAUCUUCGUGACUAAGUACUCUUGUAACACUGUGGUCAUCUUUAUUUCAGCCAUAACAGUAUGGGCAAAAUAUGGGCAAAAUAUGGGCAAAAUAUGGGCAAAAUAGUGAAGUCUAACUUUCUGAGUAGGUCGCUGUGGUGGAAAAUCAGGUCGCCCAAUUACAAGUGGCUCACAUGAAACCCUGAUUUUCCUCUGACUCUUGUUUUUCUAAAAAUUUAUAUCUUUUCUCCACUCAUUAUUCUACGUAACAGGUUGCAUAACAAAUAAUAUCACAUGAAGAUUGAGAGAAAAUGGGGGGACAAUCUUAUGUUAACUGGGUGAACCGAGCGCUCUCCGUCUUAAUCUGCUGUAAUUUUACUCAUAGAUAUCAGUUUUUUUUUGUGAAUUUUUUUUCUUGCUUAUUGCAGUUUCCGAGACUUCGUUCUUAUCGAAUGACAGUCGAGUGGAGCUAACAUUAAACUCUUCUGAGUGGAGUUUUGGUCAGAGUGGGUCAGUGUGGUUCAGGACUCGUCAAAUGGACGGGUUACUAAUGUACGCCGGGCGGAGGCCUGGAGGAGGAAAUACAGAAUUCAUGCUUCUUGAGGUCUUUUCCGGUCAGGCUAGAUUUACUGCUGAUCUUGGUUCAGGUAUGGUAAAGGUGCCGUCUAUCCUGUGUUAUUUCUAUGUAAAUUUGUUUAUUUCCUUUUUCUUGGUUUAUUUUAUUUCAAGUUGAUUGAUAAUAAAAAUUUUGGUUGAGAAGAUGGACGUUUUUAUAUAAUCUGUGUUAAUCGAACGUAGCUUAAUGUUCAUGGAAUUGGUGUUAGUCUUUUUUUCGGAUUUUUAAAAUAAAAGCGUCAGUUUUUUAUCGACCUUCACCUGGAUUUCAGGAUCAAGUUCGCUUUUGAUCAACAAAGUCGUGUCUGACGGUGACUGGCAUCACGUGACUUGGACCAGAAGAUAUAAGCGCAUAACACUGGACUUGGAUGACAGGAUGAGAGCACAGGGAGACCUGCCUGGAGCAGACGGACAGUUUGAUACCGCUCACGACCCUGUGGUGUCUGUGGAUAUUGGUGGAGUACCGGCUGGUGUAACACAACCUAAAGGUAUUUAGAGAUAAUCAAAAGCCUGUUUUGUUUUGUUUUGAACUUAAUUUGGCUCUAUUUUUUCGUGACCCGUUCCAUUUUUGCUCCUAAUGCCGAUAUUUAUCUUAUUCCCAGGGUCGAUUAUGAAGAGUAAUCCAAUUUGAAUGUUUCAUUGCAGGUCUAAUAGCGCUCAAAAAUUUCAAGGGAUGCAUAAAGGACAUCAUGUUCAACUCCCGACGUGUCCAUUAUCUUUCGCCUCACUCUCAGAGAGGCCUGGGCGUUAAUAAGAAACAAGUAACAACGGGUUGCCAGAGAAACUCUACCUGCUUGCCCAAUCCCUGCCCAGCUCACAGUGUUUGUGUUCCAUCUUGGGAUGGCUUCAACUGCACUUGUGAUCCAGGUUGGAUGGGUGAUAAAUGUGAUAUUCGCAUACCGGACUGCUCGCUAAAUAACUGCACUAAUGGCGCCACGUGCGUUAAUGUCACGCGCGGUUUUGACUGCGUGUGCGCGCAGGGAUAUACUGGCCUUUACUGUGAGACCCAGAUAACUCACUGCCAUUCCGAACCUUGCAGUAAUAAUGCGACCUGCUAUGAAAUAUCGGGAGGUUACCGAUGUGAUUGCACCGUAGGAUACACGGGAAAGGACUGUGAGAGUGAUAUCGAUGAAUGUGCGAGUACACCUUGUAAGAACAAUGGAUCGUGUAUAGAUCUACUAGGCAAUUAUUCCUGUCAGUGUUCUACGGGUUUUGCUGGAAGAGACUGCGAGUUGAAUAUAGAUGAUUGUUCGCCUAAUCCCUGUGCGAACCAGGGAACAUGUACUGAUUUAAUAACCAACUACAGUUGUCGAUGCUCCGUGGGUUACACUGGUGGAAAUUGUGACAUAGAUAUUGAUGAGUGUUCUCCAAAUCCAUGCAGGUAUGGCGCGACCUGCCUCGACACAGUGGGUAACUACAGUUGUAGCUGUGUAUCAGGUUUUACCGGCAUAAAUUGUGAAGUAGACGUCGAUGAAUGUGUUUCAAAUCCGUGCUUGAACAAUGCUUCUUGUGUAGACUUAGUCGACGGCUACAGUUGUCAGUGUUUAAUUGGUUUUACAGGAAAGAACUGCGGUGUUGACAUCGACGAAUGUUCUCCAAACCUUUGCCAACACAAUGCGACGUGCACCAACCAUGUUGGAAAUUACAGUUGUAGUUGUCCCUUAGGUUAUACUGGAAGGAAUUGUGAAACCGACAUAGACCAUUGCUUCCCCAAUCCCUGCCGGAAUCAGGGUAUCUGCAUUGAUGGCGUCGGAAACUACAGUUGUGUUUGUUCCCCGGGUUUCUCUGGCGGGAAUUGUACAUUCGACAUCGACGAAUGCGCCCCUCACCCUUGUCAAAAUAAUGCAACAUGCAUCGAUCAAAUUGCUGCCUACACCUGCAACUGUCCCAUGGGUUUUUCUGGUAGAAACUGUGAAACAAACGUUGAUGACUGCUCUCCGAACCCGUGCUUAAAUCAGGGAACCUGCGUGGAUCUGAUUGGUAGUUACAGCUGUAACUGUUUCAGAGGAUUUACAGGAAGUAAUUGUAGCGUAGAUGUCGACGAGUGUUCGUCAAAUCCGUGCCUUAACAACGCUACUUGCAACGAUCUAGUGGGCAGGUACAGUUGUCAGUGUCCCGUCGGAUUUACGGGAAGCAAUUGUGCCUCUGACAUCAAUGAAUGUGCCCCAGAUCCUUGUUUCAAUCAAGGAACGUGUUAUGAUCUAAUAGGAAACUUCAGCUGUGUAUGCUUGCGUGGAUUUACUGGACGAAAUUGCGAAAUAAAUGUAGAUGACUGUAUACAAGGCCCUUGCCAGAACAAUGCAACCUGUACCGAUCUUAUAGCCGAUUACAGUUGUCGGUGUCCUGUAGGUUUUACUGGGAGAAAUUGCGAGACAAACAUUGACGAGUGUGCUUCUGAUCCUUGCGCGAAUAAUGCUUCAUGUUUUGAUCUGCAAGGGAAUUACAGUUGUGACUGUUUGGAAGGUUUCACUGGUAGAAAUUGUGAGAUAGACAUCAAUGAAUGUUCUUCAAAUCCUUGCGGACGCCACGGCACAUGUUUAGAUCUUAUUGGUAAUUACACAUGUAGUUGUAAUUCGGGUUUCAGUGGGAGAAACUGUGAGGUCGAUAUAAAUGAAUGCUCUUCAAAUCCUUGUGCACAUAAUGGUACAUGUUUAGAUCUGAUUGGGAAUUACAGCUGUAAUUGUAUUUCUGGUUACACUGGCAGGGACUGCGAAGUCGACAUAGACGAAUGCUCUUCCAAUCCAUGUGGAGAUCACGGUAAAUGUUCCGAUCUUGUAGGCAAUUACACCUGUAACUGUGUGGCGGGUUACAGCGGUAGAAAUUGCAACGUGGACAUCGAUGAAUGCUCUCCUAACCAGUGCUUGAACAAUGCUACAUGUUUAGACUUGUUAGGAAACUAUAGUUGCAGAUGUUCCUUGGGUUUCAUGGGCAGAAACUGUGAAGUGGAGAUUGACGAAUGUGCGUCGAGCCCGUGUAAAAACCAAGGAACUUGUAUUGAUCUUGUAGGAAAGUAUAAGUGUACCUGCUUCGGUGGUUUUACUGGUGUAAACUGUCAAAAUAACAUCAACGAUUGCUCUCCCGAUCCUUGUCAAAAUGGUGCAACAUGUUCCGAUCACAUUGGUAACUACAGCUGCAAAUGUCUAGCGGGAUUCACUGGUAUAAACUGUGAGAUAAAUGUUGAUGAAUGUGCUUCUGAUCCUUGCAAGAACAAUGCAACGUGUUCCGACCUUGUAGCUGGUUACAGCUGUCAGUGUGUUGUGGGUUUCACAGGGAGGGAUUGUGAAGUCAACAUCAAUGACUGCUCCCUAAACCCAUGUAAACACGGCGGGACCUGUUCAGACCUGAUCGCGAGCUAUAGUUGUGCGUGUCUGUCGGGAUACACUGGAAGAAACUGCGAGACUAAUAUGAAUGAAUGUGCAUCAAAUCCGUGCAAACACGGUGCCACGUGCGUAGAUGCUAUAGCGAAUUAUACGUGUGUCUGUGCGCGUGGUUUCACGGGAAGAAACUGCGAGGUAGAUAUAAAUGAAUGCACAUCGCAGCCUUGCCAAAAUGGGGCUACCUGCAUGGAUCUUGUUGGGGAUUUCUCUUGCAACUGUUUGCCGGGUUACACUGGUAAAAGCUGCCGAGGUAAUAUAGAUGAGUGCAGCUCUAAUCCAUGUGUGAACGAUGCAACUUGCGUCGAUUUAAUUAACGAAUAUAACUGUAGUUGUGUUCCUGGAUUCACUGGAAGGCGAUGUGAAAUCAAUGUUGAUGAUUGUUCUCCUCCUCCUUGUCAGAAUGGCGGAAUUUGUUCUGAUGGCGUCAACAGCUUUCACUGUGACUGCACAGGCACUGGGUUCAAUGGUUCCCAAUGUCAGGAAGACAUAGAUGAAUGCACCUCGUCCCCGUGUGUUCACGGCGCAUGUAACAAUACCGUGGGCUCGUAUUGGUGUAAUUGCUUGGGGUCUGGAUACCAGGGAACGUAUUGUGAGGAUGAUGUGAACGAAUGUGUGACAUUAACACCAUGUUUAAACAGCGGAAAAUGUCGGAACAACGACGGUUCUUACCAAUGCACGUGCAAGGCGGGUUACAGUGGCAAAACCUGCAACGUGAACAUCGAUGAAUGCGCUAGUGACCCGUGCAUCCAUAAUGGACAAUGCGUCGAUCUUGUAAAUGGCUUCUACUGCAGUUGUACUGGAACAGGUUUUCGAGGAUUUCGUUGUGACAUUAACGUGGACGAAUGCGCAACCGCUGAACACGAGUGUCAAAAUGACGCACAAUGUGUGGAUACUUAUGGUAAUUACACCUGCGCGUGUGCGUCCGGUUUUACGGGUGUUUUAUGCGAGAACGAACUAGGGAUCACAAUAGAACCUACGCCAGCUGCUCGCCAGCAAAACAGGCAAAUGGAGCUGGGUUUGUCUAUAGGAUUCGUGCUUCUUCUGGUGUUAAUAGCCGCUGUUUUGUUAUUCUUUUAUCGUAAGAAGCAGAUGAGUAAAAUGAGCGGCAGGUAUUACCCAUCUGAUGAGGAGUACAAGGGCGGGGCAUAUCCCAUGGGACAACUUGAGAAAGAUGAACGACUUAUCUAG